UGAAAGUACGGGUGAAGUAAUCUUCGACAACAGUUUACUCAUUAUAACUGACAGUAAAUAUAUUGCGAGUAAUGAUAACUGUAUGACAGCCACCGAUGACCCGAAGGACAGGUCUGUGGCCGACGCGAAGGUGGAGGACAUGGAGGCCGGCGCUGAAGAGGAGGACAAGUUUGAGUGCGAGUGUAGGUUAGGUCCCAAUGAGAGCGCCUGUUAUACACAGUUCGCCAGACAGACAAUGAUUGACCACAGAAUCGAUUACCAGAGUUGCGAUUAUUGGGACGACGACUGCUAUAACCUAUUGAACGAACGCAUCAUUGCUAUCAUGUCUAUACUAAUCAACAGUUCCGCAGAGUUGCAGACGUCUGGCGGCCAUAAGAAGCAGAAGAAACGGCUGAAGACUUCUGUGAAGUUCCAGUGGAGGGGACGGCCGGUGUGUAAAGCGCUGUUCCUCUUCGUUCACGCCUACGGCCACCAAAACGCCCGCAACCCUAACGCCCCGUCAGACCACUGGGUGCUCACCGCCGAGCACUCCGUCAAAUCCAUUUACAGACACUUUUUGGACAAUUAUAGCGAACGACGGAUCAGUUACGAGACGUUCAGAAACGUGUGGCGAACUCACUGUCCGGGCAUCACAUUCGAGGCCAAGAACGACAAGUCUGUGAUCAUUGAGUUUAUCAAGUCGUACGCCAAGAGGUGGUCCACCGGACACACAGACCCGUCCGAUCCGAAAGCGUUGAUACUGUCGGCCGACCAUAACGUGAAGAUAGUGUACGCGGCGUUCAAAGACCGGCACAACAAUGACAUCAGUUAUGACGUGUUUAACCACACGUGGAAGACGUGCUGUCCGUACAUACGCUUUGAGAACAGCUCUCAUUAUAGCAAAAGAAAGUGCAGUCACUGUGGAGUCGAUGGACACACGAAUCGCAAGAUUGGCGACCAUUUCCUGUGUCCGCUCCGGGAGUCGGAGUCCGGCCUCUCGGGACUCAUGAAGAAAGCGAGCAAUGUUCCGACGCCCGUCGCUCCGCAGCCAACAUCGAUGGCGGCCCCGACACCGCAAGUGCCCGACCUUAUGGGCCAAAUGAUGGCCACCACCGGAGGCUUCGCUAUCAGCUCAGCGGUCGGACACACCAUCGGUCACGUGUUGACCGGCGGUAGUGGUGGCCGUAGAGGCGGACAGGAGGUCCAACCGGCGGCCGACUCUCCGCACCAAUAA